AUGACAUCACCGGAAGUCGAGAUGAUAGAGACGCGCGGCCUCGGCGGCACGCGCUGGCUCACGGGAGAGCGGCCAACCAGGCGAGCGGCCGGCACGGGCCCCUGGCGGGCGGGCGGCGUACCCCACGUCGGGGACGCGAACCCGAGCGGCGAGGGUUCGAGUCCCGCCCCCGCCCUGGGCGGAGCCGGGAAGCGGCCUCGCGGCGUUGCGGCCGCCCUCGGAGCGCCUGCCUCCCUUCUGCCAGGCCCAGGGCCCGGAGGCGGAGGUGGCCCUCGCGGGGGCCCCGGGCGCGACGCGGAUGGACCGGACGGCCCUGGGGCCGGUCCUCACCCCGAGGCCCGUCUGCCCCUGCACAGCGCCCUGUGCCCGUGGACGGCUGCGGCCCGGACGGCGGCGGUGCCCGGGGCAGCCCUGCGGCCCCGGCCCCCCGGGAGGAAGCGCAGGAGCAGGAAGGGGCGCCGGGCGGCCGCGGGGGCCGCGCCUCAGCCCGGGCUCUACAGCUACAUCAGGGACGACUUGUUCACCUCGGAGAUCUUCAAGUUGGAGCUGCAGAACGUGCCCCGCCACGCCAGCUUCAGUGACGUCCGGCGCUUUCUGGGCCGCUUCGGCCUGCAGCCUCAUAAGACCAAACUCUUUGGGCAGCCUCCCUGCGCCUUUGUGACCUUCCGCAGCGCCGCUGAGCGGGACAAGGCCUUGCGUGUGCUGCACGGUGCCCUCUGGAAGGGCCGCCCACUCAGCGUGCGCCCCGCCAGGCCCAAGGCGGAUCCCAUGGCCAGGAAGAGGCGGCGCGAGGAUGAGGGUGAGCCCACAGCCACCUGCAUCGCAGAUGUAGUGACCCCUCUUUGGACCGUGCCCUAUGCUGAGCAGCUCGAGCGGAAGCGGCUGGAGUGCGAGCAGGUGCUACAGAAGCUUGCCAAGGAAAUUGGGAGCACCAACCGCGCCCUGCUGCCCUGGCUGCUCUCACAGAGGCACAAGCACAACAAGGCCUGCUGCCCACUGGAGGGGGUUAGGCCAUCACCCCAGCAGACCGAGUAUCGUAAUAAGUGUGAGUUUCUGGUCGGCGUCGGGGUGGACGGGGAGGACAACACAGUCGGCUGUCGGCUUGGCAAGUAUAAGGGUGGGACAUGUGCUGUGGCCGCCCCCUUUGACACCGUGCACAUCCCUGGAGCCACCAAGCAGGUGGUGAAGGCCUUCCAGGAAUUCAUCCGGUCCACUCCGUACUCCGCAUACAACCCAGAGACGUACUCAGGCCACUGGAAGCAGCUGACUGUGCGCACCAGCCGCCGUGGCCAAGCCAUGGCCAUUGUCUACUUCCACCCCCAGAAACUGGGCCCUGAGGAACUGGCCGGGCUGAAGGCCUCCUUGGCGCAGCACUUCAUGGCGGGGCCAGGCAAGGCCACUGGGGUGACCUGCCUCUACUUUGUAGAGGAGGGACAGCGAAAGACGCCCAGCCAGGAGGGCCUGCCCCUGGAGCACGUGGCUGGAGACCGGUGCAUUCAUGAGGACCUGCUGGGGUUGACCUUCCGGAUCUCUCCUCAUGCUUUUUUCCAGGUAAACACCCUGGCGGCCGAGGUGCUCUACACGGUCAUCCAGGACUGGGCCCAGCUGGACACAGGGAGCACGGUGCUGGACGUGUGUUGCGGCACUGGCACCAUCGGCCUGGCACUGGCCCCCAGGGUGAAGAGAGUUGUGGGGAUCGAGCUGUGCCAGGAAGCCGUGGAAGAUGCCCGGGUGAACGCCCGAGAUAAUGAGUUGAGCAACGUGGAGUUCCACUGUGGGAGAGCUGAGGACCUGGUGCCCGCUUUGGUGAGCAGACUGGCCUCCCAGCAGCUCGUUGCCAUCCUGGACCCGCCCCGUGCUGGCCUGCAUUCUAAAGUGAUCCUGGCCGUCCGAAGAGCUGAGAACCUCAAGCGGCUCCUGUAUGUCUCUUGCAAUCCCCGAGCGGCCAUGGGCAACUUUGUGGACCUUUGCAGGGCCCCAUCUAACCGGGUGAAGGGUGUUCCCUUCCGGCCAGUCAAGGCUGUGGCUGUGGACCUGUUCCCGCAGACCCCGCAUUGUGAGAUGCUCAUCCUGUUUGAGAGGGUGGAACACCCCAAUGGCACGGGUGCCCUGGCACUCCAGGACUCUCCAGCCCAGCCCCCACCGGGGCCCCCAGAGGACACUGUGCAGGAGGAAAGCAGGGCUGCUGCCUCUUGCUAGGUCCCUGGCUAGAAACCCUUUCAGAAUGGGGCCCUCUGUAUCACUGGAGUGGGAGCCAAGGGGUUCUUCAAGUCCUUGCCUUGCCUCAGGACACUCGGGCAGCACCAAGAGAACAUAAAACCUGGCUGACCCACUCAGGGUCCACCUGGAGCCUGUUCCCUCCAACCACCCCCAGGUUCCUUUUGGGUUAACUGGGGUACAGAGCGAGAAUAAACAAUUGCUGAACCGUU